GGAGCGGCGGAGAGGAGGCGAUGAUGGCGGCGGCGGCGGCUGCGGAGCGGUGCGGGCGGGAUCCGUGCGGUGCGCUCUGCCCGCUGCUCGCCUACCUCAGCGUGGGCUACGCCGACUACGCCGUGCUCGCCCACGUCCUGCCGCAGCCCGCACUGCGCUCCAGCCCAUGGUGCCCCAUCCACGCUGUGACGUUCAACCUCCUGGUGCUGCUGCUUUUGGCCUCCCACACCCGCGCCGUCUUUGCUGACCCCGGUGUGGUUCCCCUCCCCGGCACCGCCAUCGACUUCUCAGACCUACACCCAACGGAGCGGAACUCGGAUGAGUGGACGCUGUGCAGCCGCUGUGAGGCGUAUCGGCCACCCCACGCCCACCACUGCCGUGUGUGCCACCGCUGCGUGCGCCGCAUGGACCACCACUGCCCCUGGAUAAAUAACUGCAUCGGGGAAUUGAACCAGAAAUACUUCAUCCAGUUCCUCUUUUACACUGGCCUGACCAGCGCCUAUGCAGCGGGGUUGGUGUUGGCUGUGUGGUUGGGACCGUCAGGAGGAGAUGGCACCGAAAACCGCAUCCAGACCGCUCACUGCGUCGUGCUGCUGCUGGAGUCCCUCCUCUUUGGCAUUUUUGUCACCGUUGUGUUUUACGAUCAGGUGGUGUCCAUCCUCACGGAGCAGCCCCACAAGCGGGGGUCAAAGGAGGCGUGUGGGGGACGAGCGUGGGCAGCAGCACUGCAGGAGGUGUUCGGGGGAGGCUGUGUGCUCGGCUGGCUCUGCCCCUGCAGCACCCCGUCCCGCCCCACAUACAGCCUCCUGCCCCACGGCGACGUCUGAGCUGCAUAGAAUGGCUGGGGGGGGGGGGGAAAGGGGGCAUUGGCGCCCCAGAGGGUGCUGAUGCCUCGAAGUUUGGGUACCCCAGAGAGGUUCUGAAAGUCCAGCUCUGUGUUCAAGGGGUCCUGCCCCAAAGAUUGGGCACCCCAUAGCUGUCCUGGGGGUCCCCAGCUUGGUGCUCAGGGGGACCUGCCCCAAAGCUUGGGCACCCCAUAGAGGUCCUGGGGGUCUCUGUGAUCAGAGGGUCGUGCCCUAAAGUUUGGAUACCUCAUAGAGGUGGUGGGACGUCCAUGGGUCUGUGCUCAGGAGGUCUCGCCCCGCAGAUCAGGCACCCCAUAGGUAGAGGUCCUGGGGUCCCACCCCCAAAGUGCAGACACCCCGUAGAGGCUCACCCCAACUCACGAUGCUGCAUGGCACCAAGAAGAAGAUCUCUGGCUCUGGGUGGGGGCACCCAACAAACCCCAUUGUACCCAAUGUUGGCAGCGCCAUCGUCACGGAGGAGGGAGGGAUCAGCUCAGCCCCCAUUGCGCACAGGGACAGUCCAGUAACCCCAAAGCAGAGAGCGGAGCUCCAUAAAUAGCUUUAAAUAAUCCCCCACCACCCUAUAGGUGCACAGAGGGGGACGUUGCGGGGGUACCCCGAGGCCAGCCCAGGGCUGAGACCCCCGGGAGGGGCUGAGGUAGACACAGGCACAAUAAACCCAAUAAAUAACAGCGGCUCUACGCCCGGCGCUGCCGGAGGAUCUCCAAAA